AUCGGAGCGGGGCGCAGAAGAUGCACCAGGCGGGGAGGCGGCUCCGCGCUCGGGCCGGGGCGCGCUGGGUCUGACCCCGCCAUGGUGCCCGCGAUCCCGGCUGCCGCAGCCCCCAGCAACAGCCAUGCUCGGCGAGGGGGCGCUGCCCGGCCCGCCCGCCGCGGGGGACCCGCACCGGGAGGAGCAGCGCCCCCUCAAGCAGUCCCUGAGCAGCUCCCUGUGGCGGGAGUCACACUGGCGGUGCCUCCUGCUCACCUUGCUGAUGUAUGGUUGCUUUGGUGCCGUGGCCUGGUGCCACCUGUCCACCGUCACCCGCCUGGCCUUUGAUGGAGCAGCCCGGGGAACCUCCACUGUCUAUCACGCCAGCCCCUGCUCCGAUGGCUAUCUCUACAUCCCGCUGGCCUUCCUGGCCAUGCUGUACCUGCUCUACCUGGUAGAAUGCUGGCACUGCUUUGCCCAGGCCCGGCGCCAGCCCCGGGCCAGCACGGCCAGCGUGCACCAGCUGGUGCAGCGCAUGCAGCAGGCAGCGCCUUGCGUGUGGUGGAAGGCGGUGAGCUACCACUACGUCCGCCGGACGCGCCAGGUGACCCGCUAUCGCAAUGGCGAUGCCUACACCACCACCCAGGUGUACCACGAGCGGGUCAACACCCACGUGGCCGAGAGCCACUUUGACUACACGGCCCACGGCGUGCGCGACAUCUCCAAGGAGCUGCUGGGCCUGGCUGAGCACCCGGCCACGCGCCUGCGCUUCACCAAGUGCUUCAGCUUCGCCAGCGCUCGGGCCGAGGCUGCCUACCUGGCACAGCGGGCACGCUUCUUCGGCCAGAACGAGGGGCUGGACGACUACCUGGAGGCACGAGAGGGCAUGCGGCUGCAGGAUGUCAACUUCCAGGAGCAGCUGAUGGUCUUCCCUGAGCCAGGGCGCCCUCCCUGGUUCGCCCGGCGCUGGGCCUUCUGGGCAGCCUCGCUGGCGCUUCUGUCCUGGCCGCUGCGGGUGCUGGCCGGGUACCGCACGGCCAACGUGCACUACCACGUGGAGAAGCUCUUCGGUACCGAGGACGGGCCCGGCUCCCUGGAGCCCCCUGGCUACGGCCGCCCCAUCCCACGCGUGGCCACGGUGGACAUGACGGAGCUGGAGUGGCACAUCUGCUCCAACCGCCAGCUGGUGCCCAGCUACUCAGAGGCGGUGCUGAUGGAUGCGGUCAUGGCAGGCGGGGCUUACCUACGGGGCUGGCAGCGCUGCCGUCGCACGCUGAGCAGCAACUCGCUCCCCUCUUGCGGCACCCGGGCCCUCUACGCCCGCCUGCCCUUCAGCCGCAGCCGCUUCUCGCUGGGCCGCGGCAUCUUCCGCAGCCUGAGCGGGGGCGGGGCAGAGAGGCAGCCCCUGGGGAAUCCACCCUGCUACCACGACGCCCUCUACUUUCCGGUGAUCAUCAUGCGCAGUGGGGAGACGUGUCCCCCACAGGGCACCCCGGGCACAGCGGCUGGGACGCCUCUAUGAACUCGGUGCACGGCCAGGAGCGUGGAUGGGUGCCUGGAGACAGGAGGAGAGCAACGAAGUUACCCCCGGGGAACAACUGAACCCCCCUCCCCUGCCCCGGGGACCCCAGUGCUCGUGGCACACAGGCCCUGGCUGAGGUAGAACAAGGGGAGCCACGUCGCAGCAAAACCAGUGUGUGCGCUCAGCUCUCCGGGUGUAGAUCCAGUCACCCCCUGAGGGCUACGGGGUCAGGGCUGGAUUCUGAUCUCAGCUCCUGUGCGUGGAAUUGGAUUCCAGAGGUUAGACUGAGCCCAGGGCUGGGACAGGGACAUUGACAGACCUGUGCAAAGGGGGAGCCUAGGGCAGGGGGCAGCCUUCCCCAGAUGUGCCAGAUGUGCAGGAGGGGCUGGAGCUUCCUUUGGAGGUGACUGGGGCUGCCCUAAAUCCCUGAUAGCUGGAGGACCUUGAUACUGUGGGGUCGGUGCCUCACCCCUCCCUCCCCAAGGCUGUGACCCCCAUGGCAGAGUGAGGCUGGGGGAUAGUUUAAUUUCCUCUCAAACCUCCCCCGCAGGGUAUCUAUUCUGCCCUGGCACCCCUCUCUCCCUGAGGCUGUGCCAAGGGGCUGGUGGUUAAAUGGUGCAUGCCCAGGGAGGCCUGGCUGGAGUGAGCCUGACAGUGAAUAAAGGGACACAAACCCACAGCAGAGUCUGGGUAUGUGGCUGUGCUACCUACUUCUGGAGGGGAUGAGCCAGGCUCUGUGUGCGCGUGUGCGCGUGCGCGUGUGCAAGGUGGUGGUGGUGGGGGAGUCCCCUGCUGGAGGAGCUAAGCCCAGACUAGGGUACGGCUGGUCAUGGCAUGAACUGUGCUGUGUGCGCAUGCAGGUAGCCCGCUGCUGCGUCUCAGCACCAGGUGAGGGAGUCCUGUGUGAACAGCCCCCAUGCCCCACCCCAGAGGCAACUGGCACUCAGCACUGCCCAGGACCUGCAGAGACUCUAUUGCAGACCCUCCUGGGGCAGGGCCCUUUAAGAGUGAGUGGCAGCUCCAAGGCCUGGGGGUAGCACGAGCCACUCUGGCAGGAGCAGAUGGGCUAAACUGCUCAAGUGCCUUGCCUAUGGGUGCUGGAGCCAUGAGCUGAUCUGCUCUGGGGCAUGGAGCGAGCAGUACAGGGCAGCCCGGGAAAUGGAGCCAACUGAUAUAGCAGCCCUGCUGAUGCCCCUCACUGCCAGCCUGCAGCCACUGCUAUCCCAGCCCUGAGCUCGGCCCCCUGGACUCAGACUUUGGGGCCAGCACUGACUGCAAGGGGCACGUGCUCCCUACUGAGCCCGUCCUGCUCCCUCCAUCACAGCACCACCUACCACUGCCCUGGAGCACGGGGGUCAGCCCUCCAGGCCUGCGCAGUAAGAAUGACAGACACAGCUGCUGAUGGAAGCAUUAGGGUUUAUUGAGGGACUGACAGAUGCAGGUGCAUCUUGAGCUUCCGCACUGGCUCCGUGGGGCCCAGGGCCUGCUUUCCUGGAGUGCAGGUCAAACGGUGCACGGGUGGUGCAGAACAGGAAGGUUAGAG